AUCUUACAUCGUUGCCCGGCAUAAGAUCUCUAAAUCUUGCAAAAUGCCCUUUGGAAUCCUUGAGUGUGACGCAGUAGAGAAUGUGCCUGGUACCGCUAUUGUCAGCGACCAGGACGAUCUUCCACCUGAAUACUCCCUAGUCCCUCGUGAUCAACUGAAGCACGGCAAAGGGCGAUUCUCUUCCGUGAUCCUUGUCCCGCAGCCCUCCGACGAUCCUAACGAUCCUUUAAAUUGGCCGCAAUGGCGGAAGGAGUCCGUCCUUCUCAUCAUCGGUCUUGCUGCCGGGGUGGCUGGUUCAUAUGGCCCCAUGCUCUCACCUGGCUUCGUUGAAAUUGCCAAGGAGCUCGGGAUUUCCGUCAGCCAGCUCGCCCAAGCCACAGCCUGGAUGAUUCUCACAAUAGGACUCUCACUCUUUGUGCUAAACCCCUUGGCUAAGGUCUAUGGUAGAAGACCGAUAUAUAUCUUCUCCAUCGUGAUGCUGUUUAUCAGCUCCGUCGUUGGAGGCACCGCAAAUGAAUUCCAUAUGUUUGAAGCCAGUAGAAUUAUCGGCGCCUUCGGGUUAGCACCAUUUGAAUUACUGGUUCAAUGCACAAUUGGUGAUCUGUAUUUCGUGCACGAGAGAGGUACACGAAUCGCUUUCUGGAAUAUGUGCCUUCUGUGUGGUAUAAAUGCCGGCGCACUCAUUUCAGGUUAUGUCAUUGAGAAUUUGGGCUGGAAAUGGUGUUUCUGGAUCUGUGCUAUUCUUUACGGUGUUUUAUUACUUCUCAUCGUCUUCUUUGUUCCCGAGACUUGCUACAACCGGGAAAGUAGCAUCGUUGUCCGUGCAAUGGUCGAUGAAGCCAAAGGCGAUCAUAUCGCCGCUAUGCAUCUCGAAACAAAACAAAAUAAGAUUCGAAAAAAGGCCUCUGAAUUUGAACAGAGUACAAGUGACAGCUCAAUUAACGGCAUCCAGCGCAAAAUGUCGUACUGGCAUUCUCUCCACCUCUACUCUGGUCGGUAUAGCAACGCGUCUCUGUUCAAGGUUGCUGCCCGGCCAUUUAUUCUGUUCUGGUAUCCUGCUGUCUUCGUAUUAUUUGCGGUCUUCGGUGUUAUGAUGUGUUGGAGUGUCGUCUACUCGAAUGUGAUCGGCGUAAUUUUCGUUGCUCCACCGUACAACUUCAGCGUCUCUCAAGCCGGUCUAACGUCACUCUCCCCACUAAUCCUGGCCAUUAUUGGCGAGGUCGUUUCUGGUCCUCUGAAUGAUGCUAUCUGCUUGUACCUCACUCGCAAGAACAAGGGCAUAUACGAGCCGGAGUUUCGUCUUGUCCUCAUUGUUGUUGUCAUUAUCCUCAGUACCGUGGGCUUCUUCGGCUUCGGCGCCACCGUCCAUUACCAGACACAUUGGACCGGUCCUGUGCUCACCUAUGGACUUUCAAAUAUGGCAUUGGCUUUUACGUCAACCUGUCUGUACGGAUAUGUUCUCGAUUGUUACCCAACACUGAAUGCGGAGGCGUUCGUGGCACUCAACCUACGUAACAUUCUCGCUUUCGGCAUGUCGUAUGUGAUUGAGGAUUGGCUGGUGAAUUCAGGGGUCUUGAAUGUGUUCGUGGUAUUAGGGAGUAUUAUCUUAGCUACGUGCUCGCUUACAGUCCCGCUAUGGAUUUUUGGGAAGAAAUGCCGAAGCUGGACUGGAAGGAACAAGUGGUUGACAGAGUUUAUGAGUGACUAUGACUAGUCCAUCAGUGUAUUGCAGUAUUUCAAGGUCUAAUCCCUAUUGGAUUGUUAUAUUCGUUCUAGGCGAUCUCCAGCUCGUUGGAUUGCUUUUCUCGGAUAUUCUUUUCAAUGUGC